CCAUGAAUUGCUUCAAUCAAAAAUUAAAUUCGUCAUGCCGCCAAUUAAAAUAUAACAUCAUAAUUAUUGUAUUAUUAGCUCUUCUUCAGCAUCUAUCUGCUACACAUUUCGAUACUUCUCAAUGCGGAGCUUCCAAGCGUUGUGUAAUUGGAGGGUGUCCUCAACAGAAUAACCAACAACUAAAUAAUUGCCAUUAUUUCUUUUCGGUAAAGCCUGAUAUCGAAAAUGCUGACGAGUCAGUGGAAAUUGAGCUUUUUACCAAGAAAAGCUCACCAGAAACCAAGUACAUUGCUGUUGGUUUCUCUGAGGAUGUUUUAAUGGGCGACGAUUAUGUCACUUAUUGUGUUGUCAACCCUGCUGGGCAAGUAGAGGUUCAUUUGGGGAAGAAUCCGCCAGGUCAAAAAUCUAAUCAGGCUGCUGGGGAGGCCAAUGAUGCUGGCGUUCUGGAAAUGCUUGAAAGCAAAUCUACAGAAGAUGGAAUUUUUUGUAGGUUCCGUCAACACUACAUUGCUUCUAAUAAAUACAGUCCAAACCUUAAACAUCCUUAUCAUUUAUUGUUGGCUAAAGGGCCUGCAGAGAAUCCUCAAAAAUUGGACAUGCACGAUCUCGAUCCAUCAAACCAUCAAGAUUUUCCGUUUGCUUCAGCAGAACCUGUUUUACUGUUAAAUCCUGAGGAUGCUGCAAAAUUUAGAGAUUCGGGUUCCCAAAAUACUAGUGGUAGUCCACAAGCUACUGGUGCUGCUAAGGGUGGAAAUGGAUUGACUUUUGUUGAUUUGCAUGGUAUUCUAAUGCUUAUUUCUUGGCUUGGCAUGACUACAGUAGCAAUCUACUCUGCUCGUUAUAUGCGCGAUUCAUGGCCUCAUACAACCGUUAUGGGACUUAAAAUUUGGUUUCAUAUUCACCGCACUUUAAAUUUCCUUGCCGUCAUUUUAAUGGUUGCUUCUAUUGUUUUUAUUGUUUGGAAUAAAGGAACUUGGACAGGUCCUUGGUUUGGAAUGGCUAAAAUUGGGGCUCCAGAAUGGCACUCACUUGCAGGUGCUUUUGCUGUUUUGCUGGCUUUUUCUCAGCCUUUUGGAGCUCUUAUUAGAUGUGGAAUUGAUGAUCCUAAAAGGCCUAUUUUUAAUUGGAUACAUAGAAGUAUUGGACUCAUUGCCUUCGUGCUUGCCCAAGUUGCCAUAUACCUCGCCAUUUCAACUUUCAAAAGCCAUUUCGCCCUAGCCGAUUUUGCCUUUUGCUUCCUAAUAAUUUUUUACGUUGCUCUCGUUAUCUUCAUAGUGGUUAGCGAAGUGUUGCGAUUCAUUGAACUGCGCGAAAGGGAAAAAAUUUCUGCCAUCGAAAUGCAGACAAGGACUAGAGGGUCAACACCUUCGGAUGCUUAUUACUACCAUACUCGAAAAAAUUUUUCUUCAAAGCUCGUUUCUGCGCGGAGAACUCUGUUUUUUGUAGCGGCGUGUACAUUUGCUGGGUCGGCAUUUAUUCUGGUACUUCUCGUACUUGUCCAUUAAAAUAUA